AUGUAUGAGACGAGACGAAACGAGCACGACAAUAUCGUAGCUAAAGAUAAUUCCAUAUUUUCUUGGUACUAUAGGCAGUACUGCCUUAUAACGGGCUUGUAUAUGCUCGAACCGUGGGAACGAUUACUGUUCAAUUGUGUCGUCUUUGGCAUUUGUGCUUUUAUAAUUCUUCCACUGUACAAACUGUGGAAUCUCGCCUAA